AUGAGUGUUGUUACAUGGAGCAUAUUUAUAAUCAUUUUCACUGUGGAAUUCAUAAUUGGAAGUUUAGGAAAUGGAUUCAUAGCAGUAUUAUACUACAUCUACUGGACUAAAAGAGGAAAGAUCUCAUUGGCUGAUAAGAUCCUCACUGGUCUGGCAGUCUCCAGGAUUUUUUUCAUCUGGUUAACAGUUGUGAAUAUACUCCUACACAUGUUUCCUUCAGAUUUUCUAAACAUUGAGAUAUUUCCAUCUGUUUUGUUUCUGUGGAGUGUGGCCAGCCAUUUCAGCACCUGGUUUGCUACCUGCCUCAGCAUCUUUUAUUUCUUCAAGAUAGCCAAUUUUUCCAACUCUACUUUUCUUUAUCUGAAGUGGAGAAUUAAGAAGGUGGUCUCAGUGACACUACUGGCAUCUCUGGUUCUCUUAUUUGCAAAUAUUGUACUGCUGAACAUACAUGGUAUUAUCUGGGUUGAUGAACAUAAAAGAAAUGCUUCUUUCAACUCAAAAUUUAAGAGCUAUGGACGAAAUUCUAAAUUUAUUAUAUACAUAUUUAUUUUCUGGUUUGUAAUCCCCUUCCAAGUGUCCCUGACAACUUCUCUCCUGCUGAUCUUCUCCCUACGGAAACAUCUGAAGAGAAUGCAGCACAGUGCCAAAGGCCCCAGGGAUGCCAGCACCACGGCCCACAUCAAGGCCCUGCACACCGUCAUCACCUUCCUCCUACUGUAUACCAUUUUCUUUAUAUCUCAAGUUUUCCAAGUCUGGGACUCUAACUUAAUCCACCAUACUCUAGCCAUCUUUCUUUGCCAGACUGCUGGAAUGGCCUUUCCUUCGGGUCACUCCUGUGUCCUCAUUCUAGCAAAUACUAAACUACGGCAAGGCUCUCUCUCUAUGCUGUGGUGGCUGAGGCGCAGCCUAAAGUCUUGA